GGACAGGCAUGGCUGAAUGGGAAGUGGAAAUUAAAAUGGGUGGCCACUGGGAGAUGCCGUUUGCUCUGGCGGGCGGAGUGUAGGUGCUCGGCGAAGAGGUCUCCCAAUCUACGUUGGGUCACCGUCUCACCGAUAUACAGGAGGCCAGACCGGGAGCAUCGGAUACAGUACUGUACACGACCGUAGCAGACUCUCAGGUGAAGUGUCGCCUCAGCUAGCAGGACUGUUUGGCACCCUGAACGGUAGUGAGGGGAGGACGUGUAAGGGCAAGUUCGCACUCGUUUCGCUUGCAAGGAUAAGUAGUAGGAAGGAGAUCAGUGGGGCGGGAUGAAGGAGCGCUGACGCUCGUUGGACAGCGAGCGCUUUCCGACUCUUCUGCUGUCUCUUCUAUUGGUCCGACAGCCUUCCCGUAGGCCCGGCCCGAGCCGACCCACGAACUCGAAUCAGACAGGAAGCAACGGCCCGGGCUCUUCCGGCCGCCGGUCGGGGGUCGGGACGGGAGUCGGAUGAUGGCGGGGAAGAGGUCGGGCAGGGACAAGAAGCGGAAGCGGAGCCAUGGCGAAGAGAGUCAUAGCGAGAGGAAACGCCUCAACUCGGACUCCAGUGCCGUCGAGGCAGGAAGAAUUGCUUCAGAAAAGGAAACAGCCAAUGAGCCCAGUGACUUGGAAGAUGGAGGCCUUGACCUUGGUAUUUGCUUGAAACCAAUCAGUUCCUAUAUCUCUGACAGAAAAGAAAUGCUUGAACAGUGUUUCAGAGUUAUAGGAGAAAAGAAACUCCAGAAGAUGCUCCCAGAUAUUUUGAAGAGCUGCUCUGUAGAAGAAAUUAAAUCACUAUGCUUGGAGCAACUGAUGCUUUUAUCCAAUAAGAAGCUGCUCCAAAUUAUAGAGGGUGAUGACCUAGGAUCAUCAGAUACUGAGGAGGAGGCUGUAGAGAAUGAUAGGUCCAAAAAGAAGUUGGAAACAGAAAGCCAACAAGACAAUAAUGUAGAUUCCACAUCUUCCUAUAAGGAAUACAAUGAACAAGAAGCACCUGGAUUGACACAUGCAGGUGGACCUUCUGGAGAUGAAAGUGAUGCCCUUAGUAUAAAUGCUGAGGCAUAUGACAGUGACAUAGAUCAAAACUGCAAUGAACAAGAAGAGAGUACAGAUGUGGCACUCCCAAGAUGUGCACCAACACAUGUUGGAGUUGAAGACGAGAUUCAGAAGGACAUUGAAAAGAGUGUAAAUGAGAUUCUAGGUUUAUCAGGCUCCACCACGGGGAGAGAUCAAUCAGCUGCUGCCCCCAAUGCUGAUGGAGAUGGUCUUCAACCUUCAGCACAGCAAUUGGAGCUGCUCGAGCUGGAAAUGCGAGCCAGGGCAAUCAAAGCUCUAAUGAGAGCUGGGGAUAUCAAAACACAAACUUAACCCCUGUAAUAAACUUGUUGUGAAACUUGAGACGGUCCAAACUGUCAAAGGCUAACACUACAGGCCAAAUGGAAGAUCAGAAAAUUUCGCUGUAUUCUCACACUUGUCUUUGAUCUUUCUCCUCACAAAGUCUAAAUGUAUUUUUGUGCUGGAAAUAAUUUUUGACAAUGUUUCUGAAAUGUCCUAUUCAGCACUCUGCCACUGAUAUUAGCCAUUGAAAAAACUCUUAAAAGCAUUGUGCUAUGAAAGCAGGUAAGAUGUAAUUAGUAUGUAAUUAGUACUCAUGAAAAUAGUACAUAGUAAUUGUACUCUCGAUGGUCUGUCAGUGAAAUGGUAAGUGGCCUCCUCAUUCAAUCCAGUGUUCAUAUAGGAGUACCAGUUUGAAUGUGGCUUGUUUGUUAACAUUCUGCUUGCAACACGGGCUCAUUUUGACCUCUAUGCAGUUUCACCAGUUUUCAAGGGAGUCUGUACUUUGAAUUGGAAUUGAGGAGAAAUGUUGAGUGGUGGAGAGAACUUCAUCUCAAUGUAGUUUUUACUUUAUAUUUAUGCACUAUUAUAAAAUUUGAUUACUUCAAAUGAUAUUUGUUUGUACAAAUCUGAGCCAUGGUUAUAGUGAUAGGUUGUCACACGCAAGUCUUUUUCUCCCCUAGAAGGUAAUUUCAAAUUGGGCUGUCACGGUAGUGUAAAAAAAAAUCUAAAUUAAAUAUAAUUCAAAAGGCUUGUCACUGAAGAAAUCAAGCACGACCGUUGAACAAGGAGUUGUGCAGAAUGCAGAAUAUUUGGCUUAUUAUAUAUGUAAAGAAUUUUUUGUCUGACAGGCAUUUUUAUUACUGUCAGUUUAGUUGACAUUUUCAAGUUUUUUUAAUAAGUUCAAGAUCAUGUUUUAAUUACCUGCUGAAAUUAACUUUGUGAAGUUGUUGCAUGUAGACUUUGCUUGUCAUUCAGUGUUUAAGAUCGAUGUACUUUAGCAUUUGAGUAACAUCUAUUGAAUGAUCUGAAAAGAGCAUCCAUUUUAAUUAGAAGAAAAGAAAAUUACUAUAGAUGUUUUUGUUGAAAACUUUUCAAAAUGAAUUCUUGCAGUUCCAAUGAGGUCAUUAAAUUUGUUAAACAAAACGCAUGUUACUUUCAUGCAAUAGCACAAGAUUGCAUUAUUUUUUAUUCUAUUUUGUUGUCAGUUGAUUGUAUUAGUUAUUUUGUAAGCUUUAAAUGUUUUCUGAAUUAUUCAUUAAAAAAAAGUUUUCAAUUUUUGGGUGAACAGUUUUCUACUUUGCUGGCAACCUCUGCUGAAAUGUGUUCUUUGAGGAAAAUAAAUCUGAAUCUUCUCCUGAAAGUAACCACAAGUAUAUAUAAAUUGAACAGAAGGAUUAUUCCAUAUAUGAGUAAAGACUUGAGAGUACUCCUGGAAAGCAAAAUGGCAUUUUCCACUGUAAAAUUGAGAUCAAUGGUAUUAUCUUUGGUAUCAGCACACUUGUCUGGAUUUAAAUGCAAUUAAACUCAAGUGAA